CUAUUUUGGCAUUCAUGAGCUCUGUUUCGGCUGUUUGUUUUUCAGUCAAUGACGUGAAGUGUUUCUCUAUUAAGUGAAUUUGCAAUCAAUAGAAACGGAGACCAGAUUUACGAGACAGAGGCUGACAGAGAACAACACAGAUUGUGUCUGGAGCUCUAACCGGCGGGGAUGCCCUCACGGUCGUAUUUUUUUGAAUGCGCAAUUCAUACAACUAGCAUACGACCUCAAGGGCAUUUUUUAUCUCGCUCAUUCAAUAACCAGCGUAUUUGUCGUCGCGAACACUGAGCGACAUUCUAAUUACUGAAGGGUAUUGAAUUACAGGCUCAGAACUGGUGCAGAGACCGCGGUAAGCUGGAACAAUUUUUAGUUACAACACAAACCAACUACGGUGUCGUCCGGUCCUCCUUGUUUGUAAGAAGUACCGUAAACUUUGGUAAGGAUAAUCCUGGUAUUUAUAUAGGAAUAUCGAAGGUAGAAAUCGGGCAAGACAAAUACCGUUAUCGCACCUAACAACCAUAGAUAUGGAGGGGCGCUGUAAAUCUAAUAGUAAUAAACACCAAUCCUUGGACAGUGGUCCGGGUGGAUCCAGCAAGCCGUAUCUUGGACAUGGUACAGACAGAGACAAUAGAAACAGCCAGAAGGAAAGACCAAAGAGACCAAAAACAAGUAAAACUCGGACGAAAGGCGCAAGCUCCACUGAGGUAAAGGAUACAAGUCAUACAACCAGAGAUGACAACGCGAACGUCAUCAGUAAUGGCUUGACCCCAGACGACAGCGGUGGAGUUGUGGAUUCAGUGGCCGACAAUUUGGAACAAAGUCUGAAACUCACUGAAAGUGUCGACGCUCACGAUCAAAACAACCCAGACAUGCACGGUACGGAACCGAACGGUGAGGCAAUGGGGGACGAUGCAGUCUACGUGCAAGACGGCGAAGAAAAAAUUAAAACGGAAGAGGGAAGUGUAACCAUGGAGAGGUCCAGUGUGGAUAGUAGUGAUGACCAGGAAGUUGAUGACAGUAGACUAAGCAGACAAGCGGUGGCGGAUGAUGAAGAAAAUAUUAGAAAAUUCGAAGAGGAGUUCGACCCUAAGAAACUGAGUUCGUCUGCUGCGAAUUUUGACAGUAAAGCAUUCACUGGGAACAUCCAAAGCUUUAUUGAUCGUAUGCAAUCAGAUUCGUUCGCUCGUGUUACACUAGACUUUCCGGCGAACGAUCUGCAAAAUCUGACUGCAAAGAUAUCGUCUGCACUAUUAGAAUUCAGAAAUUAUACCCUGUAUUCCCAGAGUCAGCUGGAAGAGUUGAGAAACAAAAUCACCGAGGUCAAAGAGAAUGUAACAGAGCAGCUUCACACAGCGGAUACCAAUGCAGCCGCGGCUCAAGAUGAUGAUAGCGACAUGGUUGCCAGGAAGGCACUGGAAGCCAAGUUGGCCAGGUUACACGCUGAUAUCGCUGAGACGGGGGUGGAGUUGGCCAAGACCGCUAAAUUCUCGGCAGAGACUGAAAAAACGGCCAUCGAUGCUUCUCUGGUCGCAGAACAUGCUGUUCAGGAGGCCGAACGAAUCAAGGCAGAGAUGGAAGAAAACCAGCGGCUGGAGGAAGAGCGCAAGCAGCUUGAAAUAGCGCGGAAGGUGGCCGAAGAGAAAAGGAAAGCCGAAGAAGAGGAGCGCCGAGCUGAAGAAGAAGCAGAGAAAAUGAGACUUCUGGAAGAAAAGAGGAAACACGACAAAGAAAGUAAAAAGCCUGAAGAAAAAUUACCUUGGGAAGAUUGGCCUCUCUUUACUUUUCGAACUGAAGGUGGGUCUUUUGAUCAAGGCAUAGCAUCUUUGAUUCGAACCGAUGGUGAGAAAGUGAGAGAAAACUCGGUCCAGGUUCAAGUGAUCAAUCCUUUGGAAUCCAGCUUCCCUUACGAAGACAAUGAAGAGUUGGUCAGUAACAUUAUAAAUGUCACAGCAGCAGAGGACUGUAAGUGGAAGGAGCCCAUCUAUGUGGCUAUCCCCCAUUGCAUGUCACGCACCAGCGCGCUGUCCCGUGAACCCGUUGUGAAGGCGGAGGUGAAGGGGAAAUGGAAAGAGAUACCGUCAUAUGACAUGCAUUUUGAACACUAUAAGGAUGUCAAGUUUGUCCAAACCAAAUUACACAGCCCAGCGUGUUUGGCGGUAGUAACACGCUUUAAGAAAGACCAUCUUCACGUGGGGAAGAAAGGAGGUAAAAUUAUCUCCUCUGUUGACCCUCGUAUUACCUUCAACGUGGAACCACAGACUUUCAGCCGAAAAGAGAACAUUCAAUGCCAGGUACAGCCCGUCGACUCAGCGUCUGUAGCAGACAUCAAGUUGAGAUUUAAGCAUUGCCGAGGACUUCUGACUUCGAGUGCCAUCAUCAAUAUGAAGUGGGACAGUGAAGCGUUUGGCAAACAGAUAAUAAUGACUCUUCCCUGUCCACCCAAUCCAGUAAAAGCAAGGAAAGCUGCGGCAAUCAAGGCAGAAAAAGAGGCGAAGAUGAAGCAACCGGAACGGAAGGUCGCCGUGAACAUUUUUGAUGCUGCGCCCAAGAAAGAACCAGAAAAGAAAAAACCGGAGAAAAAGCCGACUCAGCAAACCCAAGCACAGGCAGAGGCGCCCCCUGACGAAGAAACCGACUUCAAGCGACAAGAACCCACUAGAUGGUACAUGGGGCAGUACGGAGGAAGCGAUGAUGAUGAAAACGAUAACCUGUUCCUGUUAUAUUCUAAUGAGAAGGGGAAAUGGCAUGCAGUUCCCGAUUUGCAUUUCUCACAAAUAAGACUUGAUUUGUUAGAGUUCGAACUGAGAGAGCCAUUAACUAGGUUCAUGGUUCUUAGAACGCGAACGACAAUAGGUCCUAACGAGGCUGUUCAUAUGGCUGCCUCAAUAGAGAGCUAUGUGGAAAGCAGACUCACACAGAUUAUACUAAAACAAAAAACCGACGAUCCUAAUGAAAUCAUUGUGUCGUGUGUCCCUGCGAAAGAAAGUGACAAAGCCCUGCAAAAACUAAAUGAAGAAGGUUACGAAGAGGGGCCUGGAGCCAGUUCAGACAUCAUAAUUAAUGAGGGAGACGUCCUCGAAGUGCGCUUCCGCGGAAACAUCAAGUCCGAAGAGAACAAAAGACUGAGAGUAGUCUUCAACUCACACUUGAAAUCAACAGUUAAUUUCUACGCUUGUGAAUUGGAUCAGUAUCUUCAAAAAAGCUUCCCAGUGUUCAAAGGCUUUGCUCAGAUCUACAAGAGGGUAAUGGUAUUACGGACACCGCAGCCCAGUGAAAACAGUGACGGCGAUGAACCUAAUCCACAGGAUUUGAAGCCACGGUGGGAGGAGGACUGGGAACUUGUUAGUGAACUUUUGGUCACAUUACCCAAGGAGCAUGUGGUCCCAAGUAAACCAAUAGAAAAGGCGCCAAUUAGGUUAAUCAAUACCAGCGAUCCGGUCACCGAAGAACUGCUACGCCGUUUCGCUGAGGAUCUGGGAGACGAAUGGAAAAGAUUGGCGCACUAUUUGAAUGUUCGGCGCACGCGUGUUCAGGCCAUCUUGAGAAACAAUGAUCUGGAAAGUAGCGAGAGUAAAGAGGACCAAGCUAAAUACGAUAUGCUGAUGACCUGGGUGAAAAGGGUGCCAAAAGGAAUGAAUAAGGUUUCCAUCCUGAGUUCUGCGUUCUUGAAAUGCGGCAGACGGGAUUUGGCCGAGGAACUGCGAGACAUCGAACACGAUUUUUUGGUGAAGAAAAACAAAGCACGUCAAAUUUCGGCAAAGGUAUAAGCAUCAUUGGGACUGUCAACAGACUCGCUUUGAAAAAGAAAAAGUUAUCAUAAUGAUGGGAAUAGACAGAAAUUAGCAUAUAUCGACAAUCAAAAACCUAAGAAAUCUAGUGCCAACUGAAAGAUGAAGCCAUGUUUGCAUGCAUAAAAAAGCUGUGGACCAAAGUUGUUUAUGGUAUAAGCUUUAUACAGUAUAUUUUUUUGAUUGAACAGAAUUUUAAAACCUUUUAUCUUUAUGGAGGGUCAAAGCAAUGAUCUUUGAUUUUUUUUAUGCAAUUGAUUACUUUUAUAGUUUGAGAGGUUUUAUAUUCGCUAGUCGCACCAGCUUCAGUUUUAGGGAUCGUUUAAUAUGAGUCAAAUCUUUAUUUUAUCUCAAUCUUUUCUAAACUUGUCUUUAUCUAUUUAUGUAAAUUAUCUAAAAACUUCACUUUCAGGGUCCUUUCUUUUUGUGAACUCUGUGUCAAAUAUAUUUAUUUGUAACUCCUUAUUAUUAUUAUACACAAUAAAGGUAACUUUUUAU